CCCAGAGAGAGAGAGAGAGCAGGAGCACCAGCUCCUCCCAGAGAGAGAGAGAGAGAGAGAGCAGGAGCACCAACUCUUCCCAGAGAGAGAGAGAGCGAGAGGAGGGUCAGAAGAAGACUAGAGCUUGCGCAGUGAGAGAUUGCUCUUCCAGCUGACAAAGCCCUUUCUUGGUUAAGCCUCAGUGAGCUGAGCAACACGAUCCAGACGAUCUGCUCUGCUGCUCUACACUGCUUCUCCAUUUUCCCACCACCUCUGGUGUAGAGUCUGAAGAAAAAAACAGAAGAACGUAGAAAGUAACUGAGGGGAAAAAGAGACAGGCGCUUACACAGAGAAUAAAAUAACUUGAAAUUGCAGAGAACCAAAGGUGAGGAGGGCAGCCAGAAGAAAUCAGAAGUGGAGAGAAAAGGGUGAUAAAAGUGGAAAAGAGACGGUUGAAGAGAGGUUCGAGUCCGAGAGUCAAGCUGCAUUCAGUCACCAAAGCCAGUGGAAUGGACCUCGGUGUCGGUCGGAUUAACCCAUGCCUGCCCACUGUGCACUCCGAGGAGGAAGGCUGAACCAACCCACCUCCACCACCAAAAACAAAUGAGGAUGAACGGAGAUGUUCUUUAGCUGAGCUAACAACACGUUCCCUUUUUUCUUCAGCAGUGCGACUGCCUGGGGUUAGCAUAAGCCGCUAGCUGCCUUGCAGUGGAGGAGGAGGAGAACCGGGGUGCCCCAAGCGCCGCUGGUGUUGCUGCCCAGGAGAGGCAGGGCAGCACGGGAGAGGAAGAAGGGGACGAAGAGAGGGAGGAGGUGGUGGAGGCAGAGGUGGCGGGCGGGCAGCGGUGCAUGGCCGUGCAGCGGCUGGUGGUGGUGGCAGUGAUGGUGGCCCUGCUGUCCCUGGUACUCAACAACGUGGCAGCUUUCACCCCCAGCUGGGUGCUGCAGGCCCUGGAGGAUGGACGCAAGCGCAACGUGGGGCUGUGGAGGAUGUGCCCCGUCAUGACUGGAGGAGAGAGGGGCCGGGAUGAACCUCGGGGGGGCGGGAGGAGAGGUCAGGGGACUCAGAUGCCGUGUGAGGGUCUGGGCUGGGGCUCGGAGUACGCAGGCUACCAGGAGUCCCGCAGCACCGUCAAAUUGCAGUUUGACAUGAUGCGAGCGUGUAACCUGAUGGCCACGGUGGCGCUGACGGCCGGUCAGCUGAUCUUCCUGCUGGGCCUGAUGGAGCUGCCCUUUGUCACCCAGGACUCCCAGUGGUGGGAGGAGGCCAUCGCCGCACUCUUCCAGUUGGCCAGUUUUGUGCUGGUAAUCGGCUUGGUGACAUUCUACCGGAUCGGCCCGUACACGCAGCUGUCCUACUCGUGCUACGUGGACAUCGCCGCCUGCCUAUUGGCCACUCUGGCCGCCGCCAUGCUCAUCUGGAACAUCCUACAUCGCCGCGACGACUGCCUCACGCCCCGUGUCAUUGUUAUCAGCCGCUCGCUGGCGUCGAACUUCCACCCACGCCUCGACAACGACUAUGUGGAGUCGCCCUGCUGAGCACCCCUGAGCCCUGA